AUGGCAGGCAACGGAGAGGGUCAUGCAAUAGGGAUAGAUCUGGGGACGACCUACUCGUGCGUAGCAGUGUGGCAGCACGAUCACGUUGAGAUCAUAGUGAACGAUCAAGGCAACAGAACUACUCCAUCUUAUGUUGCCUUCACUGAUACUGAUCAAUUGGUAGGAGAUGCAGCACUUAACCAGAUCAUCAAAAACCCUACCAACACUGUCUUUGAUGCUAAGCGAUUGAUCGGUAGAAGAUUUAGUGAUGCAUGUGUUCAAAGUGAUAUGAAGCUUUGGCCAUUCAAGGUCAUCGAAGGUCCCAAUGAUAAGCCCAUUAUUGUUGUGAAAGACAAGGGCCAAGAGAAACACUUUGCUGCUGAAGAAAUAUCAUCCAUUGUACUCGCAAAGAUGCAUAAAGUCGCGGAAGCCUAUCUCGGAUCAACUGUAAAGAAUGCUGUUAUUACUGUCCCUGCUUACUUUAAUGAUGCACAACGUCAGGCAACCAAAAAUGCGGCUGAGAUGGCUGGUCUCAAUGUGAUUCGCAUUAUAAAUGAACCGACUGCUGCUGCCAUUGCUUACGGCCUCGACAAGAAAGCCGGUUCCGAUAGAAAAAGAACCGUCAUGAUAUUUGAUUUAGGUGGUGGUACAUUGGAUGUGUCACUACUGGUAAUAGGUAAUGGCGUCUUUGAUGUGAUGGCCACCGCCGGAGACACUCACCUUGGAGGUGAAGAUUUCGAUAACAAGAUGGUGAACUUUUGUGCCGAGCAAUUCAAGAGGAAGCACAAUUUGGACGUGAGUGGGAACUCGAGAGCUCUUACGAGGUUGAAAAAUGCCUGUGAGAAGGCAAAGAGGAGACUCUCAUUCGCAUCUACAGUUGACAUUGACAUUGAUUGUUUGGACCAAGGUGUAGAUUUCAGUGCAACUAUUACCCGUGCCAAAUUUGAGCAACUAAACAUGGAGUUCUUUAAAAAGUGCAUGGAGCCAGUGAAGAAGUGUUUGAGCGAUGCUCGCACGGAAGCAAGUAAAGUGGAUGAUGUUGUUCUUGCUGGUGGCUCAUCUAGAAUCCCCAUGGUGCAACAGCUGCUACAGGAGUUGUUCCAUGGCAAGGAGUUGAGCAAGGGCAUCAAUCCGGAUGAGGCGGUUGCCUAUGGCGCCGCCGCGCAAGCUGCAGUAUUAAGUGCUUCUGGUCAGAACAAUGGGAAUAGGCUUCAACUUUUCACUCUCUGUGAUGUCACCCCUCUCUCACUUGGGUUGGAGAGUACUGAACCUGAUAGUUUCAGGAAACACAUGAAUUUUUUGAUACCAAGAAAUUCUAGCAUCCCUGUGAUGAAGAAAAGCACUUUUACUACGGUGUAUGAUAACCAAGCUGCUAUAAGCUUCCCCGUCUACGAAGGUGAGAGUGCAACACCUGCUGAGAAUAACUUUUUGGGUGAAUUUUCCCUUGAUGACAUUCCUGCAGCUCCUGCGGGAGUUCCUAAUUUUGAGGUUUGCUUUGAUAUUGAUGCAAAUGGUAUCUUGAAUGUCUCUGCCGAGGACUUGGCGACUGGAAGAAAGAAGGGGAUUACAAUCAAUAUGGAAAAGAGAAGCUUGGGAACUGAGAAGAUGUUGUGA